CCUGCUAAGGUUACAAACCAACAGACGGAAUUCAGGAGGGUGUAUAUGUAUAAUGCCAGUUGAGGGAGAGACUGAUUGUCGAGGAAAUUUGUCAUUGGCGGGCUGUGUAGAGAAACUCUGGGAUAGACAAGCACACACUGAUAUCACCUUCCACUUUCCCAAUGAUGGGGAGAAAACAAGUUCUGGACACAGGCUAAUUCUUGCACUUCGCAGUGCUGUCUUUGAGGCUAUGUUCUUUGGCCCACUGGCACACAGUCAAGACGUUGUUAUUGAAGACGUUGACAAAGAAACAUUUGAUUGUUUACUGAGCUACAUUUACACGGACCGAGUAACAGUAGAUGGGGACACGGUUCUGAAGUGUCUGUUUGCAGCCAAAAAGUACUGCCUAGACGGCCUCAUGUCCAUCUGUAAUAAGUACCUGAGCGAGUCCAUCACGGGCGACACGGUCUGCACCAUAUAUGAGCAGGCAAAGUUCUUCGAUAUGGUGGACCUUGCCAACCGAUGCCGCAGUUUCAUCAUCACCAACUCGGCUUCCGUUUUCCUCGAGGAGGAUUUCACCAACCUGACCAGAGAGAGUCUCAUUGAUAUCUUCUCUGACGAGAAUCUCCGCAGUUCGGAGCUCGUUCACUUCAAGGCUGCGUGUCACUGGGCGCAGACAGCCUGCGAGAGGCGUGACAAGGACGUGACCCCAGAGAACAUGAGAAAUGUAUUGGGAGAGGCACUGAAGUGUAUCCGCUUUCCGCUGAUGUCCGCUGAAGAUUUCACGAAAUACGUCUCCCAGUCGGACAUCUUGUCCGCGCCCGAGCAGGUGUUGUUGUUCCGUCACUUCAUCAUGAAAGGAUUCCCCAGCAAGGAGUGCGAGUUCUCAGCCCUUCCCCGAGCCUGUACGCGCCUGGUGACCCCUGUGCCUAACCUGGAGGGGGACAGGGAGGUGAAGUUGAACCAGGUGGUCAUCAAGAUUGAAGUCAGUCAUGACCUGCACCUCGUGUCCUUCUCCAUGCCCAAGCAAGAAGAGAUUCAGUCUGUUCUUAUUGUGGAUGAAAAUGAUAGAGAGAUUCCGGCCAAAGUACCCGUGUUUAAGAAAGACUCCUCUUCAUUUGUGUUUGAUCCUCCACUACUUCUUUGUUCGAAAUGCGCGCAACUGCAGGUCAAUUUGAAUCGUCUAACCAAGGUACGCAACAUUUACAAUAAGAGUCUUUUAACACACGAGAGUCAAACAUUCUUUGAAGACCUUCAGAUUUCACAUUUCAAGGUCAAGAACCGGGUGUACAAUUUCGGGGAAAUAACCGUCUGGGUGACAAUGGCUCCUGCCAAGUUGAAGGAGUUGGUGUUUAAAAGGGGGCAGUGGUAAACAAUGGCACUGCCUGAUGUUUGUGUGUGUUUACUAUGAAAAAUAAUGUUCUAAACAUUAAUCAGUAAUGAAGCUGGCUAAAAAUAUAUGUUAAGGGAGAGUUAUGAAAAGUAUUCACAUUUGGAGUAUAUUUAAAAGUUAAAAAGACAUUUUUAUCAUCCUUGAUUAGCCUAUGCAUCUCCUAUGUAUGACGUCAUUCAUUUUUAUUAGCAUAGUUGCGGUUACGCAACUAUGCUUAUGUUAGAGCUACAUUUCGAAAACAGACAUGGAACGGUUGACCAUUAUGAAGCCUUACCUGAUCAAAAAUCAGACGAAAUAUCUAUUUAAUAUAGUAUAAGGUAAUUCUAACAUUUUUUUAUUUAGAAACGUUUUUCUAACGUUUUCUUCCAAGAAUAUUGCUGACACCGUUUUUAGUGAAUUUUUCUAAGACCGUUUUACGUGAAAAAACCUAAGAAACUAAAACAAAUUUCAUUCGUAAAACAAUUCUGUUCUGGUUUAUAGUGAUCUCACACCUACUUUCUAUUUCCUUUGUUUACUGUUCUGGGAGAGGUCAAAUUCGUUAGGCCCUGGUUUAAGGAUAUGUAGAACUUCAUUGGUUAAUUAUAAAUAGAAAUUAACAUAUUCUCAACAGGAAGUGGGGCAUAAAGCACUUUCAUUCUUUGUAAAUGUGUGAAAAAAUAGCGGAGUACGAUGAAUGUUUUCUGAUUUAUGACAUGGAUUCUGACCUGCCUUUCUAUGGAUUUAAUGAAGUAGAGUUUGAAAGUAAUAGAGAUGUGUUAAUUGAAAUUUAAAUGAUUUACUUUGAGCCAGAAAUUAACGUUACGAGUAGAGCUAACGGUUUAAAUGUGGCAUCGAAUUUAAUGGAUUCGCGCAAAUUCUGGACGAGUGUUGUGUCUGUAAAAUAUUAAAUGGAAUGCCAAAAAUGUAUCAAGUCGGAAAAGAAAACAGAUGGUUGCAUAAUGGUAUGCGUGAAAUAAUGUUAUUCUACGUAUUUAUUUUCAUAGUUAUGUCAUUUUGUAACCAUUCACAUUCGUCACGAUUUGGAAUUCCUGUUUCUAAAAAUAGAACAUUUUGGUAGCAUGAACCAACAAGGGAGGCGACUCGUGAUGUCAGAAAUUGUUAAGGUUACAAUAAACUAAAUAAUCGAGUCAUGAAUAAUCGAGUCAUGAAGGUCUGUACUCUCUAAACCAGGGACCUAUACUGUAUAGGUCCCUGUCUAAACAAAUCAUCAUAUUUUCCUCGGAGUCAUGUUUUACACUUUAGACUGUUGUUCUGGUUUUAUCGUUUGGAGAUGUUGAUAGGGUAAGCAUAGGUGUUCGCUAUUAAAUACCUGAAAUAGGAUAAAAUUAGAGAUUAAAGUAAAAAAUGGUACUGCAAAAGGUUACAAUCCACUAGAAAACGGUCGAAAAAAGAAGGUCUAUUUUGAUUUGAGUUGAAUUCUUUUUUGGUUUGAACAUGACAUAUCUUUUUUAUUACUUAAAUCGAUUCAGCUAAGAAUGCCCGUCAAGAAAAGAUAUGGUUAUGGGGGUCUCUAUGUGCAAAAUGUUGUAUUUAUUUUCGCUCAAAUUUGUCGCUUUUACAUUGAAACAUAUAAGGAAACUAUUUAGUAUAUUUUGACCUAAACAUUGACUUCAGCAGCACCUUCCCCGUAUCUUGCAACUAUGCUUUCAAUGCCAUCGGCUCUCUCGUUGUUAUAUAAUAUAACGUGUACGAGUAUCAGUAUUUUUCAUUUGUGUUAUUAUGUUUGGAUUAUUUGAAUGAAUUGUUGAUUAGAAAAUCAGUUUUUCUCUACUUUGAGGAUGGAGGAAAAUAAUCCUCAUUUGAUUUAAUUUAGAUAGAAUUUGAAGGAAUAAAAUCAAAUCUAUUACAUGAACUUAAAGGAACAAUUUGUCAAAACAAGACAAAAAUUUUUUAUUAUUUUUUGGAUUUGGUGUAAUUAAAAUAAAAUGCUAGAUAAUGGCUGAAGUAACAGAUAUAAAAAUAGUAAAAAAGAAACAUAAGGUGUACACAUCUACCUGAUCGUGGUGCCCGGCGAAUGUUUAUCACAUCGUAAAGCCAUAUAAAGCACAGAGAAACACUCUAACAAAGUUGGCUGACAAUGCCAUUUGCUUGACUGUGAAGAAAUAUGUAUGAACAGUAUUAAUUCUGAAGAACAGAAAUGUGAUUCCUCUACAGAGAUGUUUUGCUUGCUUUUUUCAUGUUUAGAAAUAAGUAAUGAUGAAUUCUGUUUUGUUAAUUACAGUUAUAGCACAGCAUUAAGAAUUACUUUGACCAAAGUUUUGUCUACCUCUUUUAACAUUAUUAGGCAUGAUUUUGGAUUGUGUAAGAAAAUCAAGUGCUGUUUAAAUUAUUUGUAAUUGUUUGUUUAAAUGUAAAUAUCAACAGUUUUAUAGUGUGGAGUAUGUGUAUGUAUUCUCUACAACUGAACUUUACUGAGGCUGUCAUGCAUUCUAAUCUGCACACAUACAUUUUAUGAGCCUAGUUCUGUGCGCCCAAGUCAGGUAUUAUUUCAUAUUAGCCUGCAAAAACAAAAAUCCAGUAGCACUAAAUGCUGUCUCUGAUUACUGUAGAGAUGCUGAGCCUUCUUCACUUGUCUGGUAAUGAUUCAAGAAGUAUUAGUAAAAAAGCAUUUGAUAUGACAUUUAUGUUAUGUGAUAAAUUUGUUUAUAUGCUGCUCUUAAUUUAGAUAAUGUUAAUUAAAACAUAAUGAAAUGUUAACAAUUAGAUCAAUGUUAACAACUGUUUAUUAUUUAAAAAAAUCAAAACAGUGCAUCAUUAAUUCAAUAAAGCUGAAAUCGUGUUUUUUGUCUUAUAUUUCUAAAUACUCUUGAAACUAAAUAGAUUGUUCAUGUAUCACUUUACAGCAAGUAUUUAUGAGUGUUUUAUUUUGCUUUGAAAUGGGACCAUUAGUUGGAUGAGUGUGUGAAAGAAUUCAGACAAAACAUUCCAUGAUCGUAUUGAAAAUACUGUCAGAAUCUGAUUAUCACGAACACAUUGUAAAAAGUCACUGAGUGGAACAGAUGCUAAAAGCUUAAAUCCAGUUAUACUCACUUUUAUGUUCUUUGUUGUGUUUUAUAGUUGUCUGUUAAAUGGAGAUUUUUUGUUUAACUUAAACACAUGUGUUGUUAUUAGGCUCACCUUUUUUUUGUUUCUGUUAGCUCACCUGGGCACAAAGUAUUUAGAAUACCAUGUUGUCCUUUGAUUGUGUUGUCCUUUGUUUGUGCGUGCUUUAACCUUUUUCUUUAAGGAAACUUCACAGGAAUGAUCCUAGUGUAACCCUCUUUCAAAGUGGAUGACAUCAUUCUGCUCCAUGACAUAAUUAAGUCAAUAGAGCUUUAAAUAGAUUUUGAUAAUAAAAACUUCAAAAAUCUUGUAUGAAACCACAUUUUCAGGGGUUUAACAUUUGGUGUUUAACAAACAUGAUCUAAUGGUUCUUUGCUAAGUUUGUUAAAAUCAUACCCCUGGGAUAGAAAACGACCAUGCCUCAUUUGUUACAUUAUUAAUAGAUUUUUUAAGUCUUUAUAAACCUGUAUACCAAGAAGGUUCAUCAAAUCAUGCCUUGCGGUCUAAAUUGUCUUCGUCCUUGUUUACCUUAUACAGGUGUUUGGUAUGUGUUAUGUAACAUAAUAUGAAAGCCAUGUUCCAGGUUUGUUCUAAUCAUGUCCCUGGGGUCAUAAUAGUCCCACCCAGAUUUUUAUUUAACACAAAACAUGACCACCCAGGAAAGGCAAUUUUCCUUACAUAGAGAGACAUUUAAUGAUAUUUCAGCUGAUUUCUGCAAAGAAAUAUCGAAACAAAUUGUCAGGGUUAUUUUGGUGCAUAACCCUUAAAUAAUUAAAAUAUUGUAUUGUUAAAUAAUUCAUACAAUGACAAGACUAUUGCCAAGCAAUAAAAGUCCCCUACCAGUGAAACUCCACCAUUUUAAGCAAUAUUUCUAGUCUAUUUGUUGCCAUAGCAUUCUUGACGUAGGAACAAAAUGAAAUGACGUGCAUAAUCUCAGUGAUUUAUUAGUCCCUUUGGGUUUCACUGGUAGGGGACUAAUAAAUAUGAUAUAAUUAUAAUAAUACAUAUUUUAUAAUUAGAUAAUUAAAUAAUUACGGCACAUGACAUAAUUCUUGUGUUUUUUUUUGUAGUCUGCUGUCUUUAAUUUAUUUCUUACCUUAGAUGUAUGACUAUGUAAUGUGUUCUAGUCUGUUGUGUAACUUGUACUGCAUGUAAAAUAUGCUUUUUCACUAUUUUGAAUAUUGUUAAUAAAAAAUAUAAAACUA